GACUCACUGACCCUUCGGUUGCAGUGACAACAUUUAUUAAAACAGGUGUAUGUAUUUUGGGACCUUCCAAGUUGAUAGUAUUAUUAAGUUUUUUUUUUUUUAUCUUCAAGCAGAGAAAUUUUGUUUAUCAUUUAAACCUGAAUUUCAAUCUACAUAGAAGCAACUCUAAAAAAAGUUGCAAAUACUAUCAUAUUUCUUCCUUCACUUUAUAAUUCAAACGAUUUCCAAUUCAUUCUUGUUAAACGAACCUAAUCUACCCAAAUCAAAAUUCAGAAAGGGUAGUUAUCCUCAGACCUGCCAAGUCACUUUUACCCAAAAAUGCAAAGAAAGACUUUGAUCACUGUAAAUCUGUUUUAAAGAAAUGGAAUUAAAGAGAAAAGCACACCAAAAAACCUCUAAUGACGUCAUAAUUAUUGAAUCGAGAGAAACGAAAAAGAACGCAGCAAAAUAGAAGAAUAGCUCGUUUUCUGUGUAGUUCUAUCAGCAUUGAAAAAAAUGUAAAAAAAAGGGGGAAACAUUUAUACAACGCUAACCGGAAAUAACACAGUUUUUAGCUAAAAGACCGUGUUUUACCUAUAGAGGAUUUUACGCUGUUGCAAAGUAGCUUAAAAAGGUCUGGUGGUCAAAGAAGUGAUUGCUUGUAUGUGAGAUGUCGGAAGCCCUUUUUACAUUGCCUAGAUACUGACAUUCCUAGAAUAAAUAUAUCAGUUAAGCGGUUUGCUCUUUAACAAAUAAGAGGCCGGUGAUGAAACAGGUGAUUUUGAUAUUUCGUCUAGAUGUUAGAGUGUAAAUGACUUAAUGAAACCACGCGAAAAAAAGCCCAAGCGAAUGUCAUCCCGCAAGGAAUUCGUUUAAAUCACAAGCGAAACAUCUUUCGCGAGAUCAAAGAAAGUGCUUGGAAAAGUAAACCGGAAAGGCUGUUCGUUUUCCCAAUAUUCCCACCAUAUAGUUAUCUCAAGGCGUUAACUCGGACAUAACACAAUGAACUCUUCAGAGGAGAGCGGCAAAAUGGAGACUAUCACCAGAUCCCUUCCCAUGAUGCUACUGGCGCUUGCAGCAUUUGCCGAAAACGCUCUCGUUCUUGUUUCAGUAGCAAGAUUCAAAUCCCUCCGUCGGUUGCCAGGCAACGCUUUUAUCGUCAAUCUCGCGUUGACUGAUGUGAUCGGUGCCAGCGUGUGCAUGCCCUUGGCUAUCUCGGCCGUGUUGAGCAAUCGCUGGGUUCUAGGUGAAUUUAUCUGUCAGUUCCAAGCGUUUUUAAUUGUGGCUUUAUCAAAUGUGACGUUUCUGACGUUGUUUAGCUACAGUGUGUACCGAUACUUUAUGGUCACUUCAUCAAGGCAGCCCACUCGUGCCGUCAUGUGGACAAGGGUAAAGACAGCUUUGUUAGCUAUUUGGGCAGUAGGUUUAAGUAUGAGUGUGCCUCCCCUUGGGGGGUGGGGAAGGUACGAGUACAUCCCGACAUUCUAUGCGUGUACAUUGGAUUGGCAUGCAAACAAAAGUUUCAGCGUCUCUAUAUUUAUCAUUAUCUACUUUAUUCCACAAGCAAUAAUGGCGUUCUCGUACUAUAGGAUCAGUAUAUUUGUGCGUCGACAUAAAAGGAAUCUUUUGAAACGAAAAAAAGAAAACGCCAUGAACAACUUCCAUAGCAACCCCGCCAUAAACCUAGGGUUAUCAACCAACAAAAAUACUGAACCCGCGGAAAACAUCACAAGAAGGAACGAGCGGAUGUCAAAUGUCCAAUUACCCAUAAUCCUCCUAGAGCAUCCCGAGGAGGACCCGAACAAAAAGGUCCUUUUCGGCCGAAGAUUUCACGAUUCCGGUGACUCACCGGACGAGUUCCCUCUUUUCGACUCACUGCGAAGACCAAGUGCUCUAAACGCUGUAAGUCCGGUUCUAUCAGUUGUUGAUCUGAGGGAAACUUUCCGUAGUCCUUGCUUGUCAAUGGGAAAUAUCUUCUUGGAUCAAAACGAGGUUGAAGAAGAUGCAACUGAGCCCGUGGUAAUUCAGAAUCCGGCCAGCGUGAGCAAUAAUGAAUUGCCUCUCAACCUAAGUCGAUUCGAAAAGCGUUCAAAGCCACAGGCAAAGGUACAAAAGUUCGUGAACUGGAGACGCCUUUUCCGUGAGACGAGAUUGAUCAAGCUAUUGCUAUUCACCCUGUUGGCAUUCUAUGUUUGCUGGACGCCAUUUGCUGUUGCAAGUUUUAUGCAAACUGUCGGAUUUUUGGAGCCCAGGCCUCCUUAUUUUGACGUGGUGUCCAUGUGGUUGGCAUUCUCAAACGCCGUCUGUAACCCCGUCAUUUACGCGCUUCUCAACAGUCAGUUUAAAAAGGCGUUCAGUAAAAUAUUGAAGAGGUUGUUCUGCUGCGCGUGUUAGAAGCAUUAGUCAAGGUUAGUUCUCACUUAGACGUAAGCUUAAGCGCAGCGCGCGUAAUUUUCCGAUUCUCAUUGAAACGCAAGCGCUCGAGUCAGAGCUUGAUUUUCUUGCGCUUGUGUUUGACCGAUUCUCAUUUCUGUUUUGCGCUUACGUUUGCGCCUUAAGAAGAGGGCGUUGUCACUAAAGGUUGGUUCUCACUAGGACGGAAAGACAACAAGUGAGAAUCGGUCAAACAUAAGCGCAAGAAAAUCAAGCAGUUGCGUUCUCUUGAACUUGCGUUCCAGUGAGAAUCGAGCAAGGCGUGCGUUGCGCUUGAGCUUACGUCCAAAUGAGAACCAACCUUAAGAGGGAAGCACAGAUGCCCCGAAAAGUUGGGUUUUUGUUUUGUUUCUAGGUUUUUACAACAAACUUGCCUGCUAAUGUGUAUUAAUCAAACUGUUACUGACAUCGUUAAUUAAAUUAUUUAAACUGUU